AUGGAUCGCAGAAUGAAAGCUGCUGCUGAAAGCCACAACAUACCUCUGACAUCUAGUUUUGUCCUGCAUCUCCUAAUGAUUGUCUUGCUUAAAGAAGAGGGCUUGCUAGACAAAUGGAAGAUGGACAAACUGGAGUUAGGCAUGUACCAACUCUUUCCAUAUUUCAAGGCAGAAGACAACAAGAGAAUUGUCGGGAUUGCUCUGGCACAGACUACUUAG